AGCCACUAGAGGGCGGUGUUGUUAGUCACUAAUGAGAAACACCUGUCUUGUUAGUUGGACAGCAGGUAACUGGUUUGACUUUUUCCGUGGAGUUUCUCUGGACACUAUGCCAUCUUUCUACACGGAUUUCUUCAACGAACCGCUGACUGAGGACGUGGAGGAGCUGCUGACCCGCUUCCAGAGCACGGAUUCGGUCAGGUAUGGCGUCUUCUCGGCCAUCUGGAGGGAAAUGAAGUUUUCUGACGUCUUCCUCGGUACCACCAACAACUCCGAAAUGAAGAGGUUCUGCCGGGUAGCUCUGGCUACAGCUGUGAAGUACUUCUUACCUCCGCACAGCUACCAGAUCCGGGUGGGAGGUUUGUAUCUGAUGUUCGCCUUCUACCACACGCAGCCGGCCUCCACACCCGUCCUAAUCAGGCUAGCUCUGCAGGAUUGGAGCCAUGUUCAGAGGUUCCUCACGGAGUCUAAGGAGGCAGAGCACCAUGAUGUUCUCUACAUCUAUCACAAACUUGCUGCAACCAAAGCUUUCCACUACACAGCCAUGCCGCAUUUUCUGACCUUCCAGAAGCAGAAAACAAAACCGGAAGUUCAAUGCAAGGAGUUCCUAAGCAAGGCGUUGGUACUGGAGGAGCUCCAAUCGGCAGAGAUCUUGGAAGAAAUGGCCGGCAUCCAGAGCCACUAUGAGAAGCUGAAGGAGGCCGCACAAGUCCGUGUUGAUGUCAAUAUUACUCAUCCGGACUUCACUUCCCGCCUAAAACAGUGUAUGAAUGAGUUCUUCUCAUGGCAGCAGCAGAGGGCUUUACCCAAAGAGAAAAAUGUUGGAGGUGAAGUGGAUAAAGAUCCGGUGGAAGACUGCAGCAGCAGAGCCAGACUUCUCUCCUCUAUCAAGCAGAAGAGCUACAGCAAUGUCCACACCACAUCCAAAUCCCGGAGACACAGAGAGCUGGAGAAGGCAGACUCUUUCAGCUCAGAUGGGGAGCAGGUACAGAAACCUCCAAGACGGAAGACGCAUGCCUCUCUGCGGGCCCGGACCUGGAAGAACCUGGGAAAGACGGAUGAGAAAAGCAACACCAAGAUCUGGCUGCUGAGCACCCCUGAGCAGCGGCAUGGGGUUCCUCUGAGGAAGAUGAGCCAGGCUGCAGCAUACACAGAGUACAAAGUGAUGAAAGAGGCAGGAUAACCCUGAACUCUAGAAAGUUAGCUGGUUCUGUUAGUUUUCAAGGAAAUACUUUAAGUUCGUAGCACUUUGAAUUUUUUUUUUUUUUUUUUUGGCUAAAGGCCAUUAAAAAUUGUUGAUGAAACGUUGAGUGACAAGUUAAAGGCUUUUUGUUUAUAGUUAUAAGCAAAUAAAACAAGGUCAAUAAAGUUGCA